AUGCCUCCCCGUCUCCGUUUCCCUCGGAACCUCCAAUCCCUCUCACGUCCACUCUUUCCCGCCAACUCCCCCUUUCGGGCCCUCUCCACGACCCCCCGCGCCUUUGCGGCAGAUCAAGACCCCGACCGCCACCCUCACCCCCAGCGAGACGCACAAUUAGACCGCGAGAAGAUGGACCCCGAGCCGUCCGAAUACUCCAAGUCCGGCACCGACGACACCUCUGCGGCCAACGAAGAGGCCGCCUUUGACCCCAACAUCACCGAUCCCCAAGAGGCCAAGCGGAAAGCGGUUGAGGGCAAUGAGGUCAAUCCGCUGGAUGCAAGCCCGGCCAACCCAGAAAUUAGCCAAGGGACGGCAGAAGAGGAGGGAGGAGCCAAGAAGAAGAUGUCCGAAGGCGGUGGUGGGAGAAAAGGUGGUGGAGAGGCGGGGAAAGGUGAACAGAGCACUUGA